AACAAGCCUGCUUUUCACAUUUUUUUUACAUUUUGGUGAAAGAAGACUAGACGGAGAAGAUGUUUAUUCCACUGUUAUUGCUUUUACUGUCUGUAAAGGGAAUAAGUGGCAGUGUUAGUCUGCAGCUGACUGGGAAACCACUUGACGAUGUUGGAGGUCGUAAGCAGGAGGUCAUUGAGGCCACCCAGAAGCUGAUAGCAGCCAUUAUGGACGGAGACUACGAAAUAUACAAGAAUAUGACCGUUCCAGGCCUGACGUCCUUUGAACCAGAAGCUUUAGGCCACCGUGUGGAGGGAAUGGACUUCCAUCGCUUCAUCUUCGACCACGUCUCGAUUAUGAUGGGAGGUUUAACCCACACCACCCUUCUCAGCCCCCACGUCCACCUGCUGGGCGAGAACGCCGCCUGCGUGUCCUACGUCCGUCUCACGCAGUACGCCGACCUGACCUCAGGGACACUUCGCACCGCCACGUCCGAGGAGACUCGAGUCUGGCAUCAUCGUGACGGAACGUGGCGCAAUGUUCACUUUCAUCGAUCGGGCUCACCCACAGUGCCCACAAAGUAAAGAUGUAUAGGAUUUUAUCGCUGGCGAUACCGAUAUCGGUAUCCGUCUGUACUCUUAUCGGUAGUAUAUGUAAUUUGUGACAAUAAAGAUAAAGAAGA